ACAAGACACAAUGUAUGAAACUCGUCUCAUCGUAGAGGUGGAAAAACAUAAAGUUCUCUAUGACAUGGAGGAUUUCUUAUAUAAAGAUUUAAAUGCAAAAGAAAAGGCAUGGGAGGCAGUUUCCUCGGCUGUUUGUGUGGAUGGACCAAUUUAGUGAGUGAGUCAUGGUUCUGCUGCACGUCAAACAUGGAAAUGAGAGUCAAUUUCUCUUCAAUACCACAGUGGAUGUGACUAUUGAGACGCUGUCCCAGCAGGUCACUGCGGUCUAUAACGGAAGAUUAAAGGUGGACAGGAUCUGCUCUGAAAUUCCAGAGUUGGCAGAUCACGGAAUAACUCUUCCACCAAACAUGCAAGGCCUGACUUGCGAUCAGAUCAUUGAUCUGAAACUAAAGGAUGAAUGGGAGGACCGCUGCAUUCCCAGUGGUGGUGCUGAGUUUAAGAAGGACGAGAUUGGACGCCGAAAUGGACAUGCUCCAAAUGAAAAGAUGAAAGAAGUUUUAAGGAAAACAAUGGAGGAGGCCAAAGCUUUGAUCUCAACAAAACAAGUGCAAGCAAAUGUCUGCAUUACCAUGGAUACGGUCAAAGAGGCUUUGGACCAACUGCGAGGAGCUGUGAUGAUAGUUUACCCAAUGGGACUGCCUCCACAUGAUCCAAUAAGGAUGGAUUUUGAAAAUCAAGAAGAUCUUACUGGAACACAGGCCUCAUUACAGGUGAUCUCUGAGGAAGAGGCUCAACUUUGGUGGGCAUCUAAAGAACUUCAGAGGGGCAAAAAGCUGCAAGAUUAUAUUGGGAAAAAUGAGAAAACAAAAAUAUUUGUGAAAAUUCAAAAAAGAGGCCAGGGGGCACCAGCGCGAGAGCCACUGGUGAGUGAAGAGGAUCAAAAACAGAUGAUGAUGCACUAUUACAGGAGACAGGAAGAACUCAAAAAACUGGAAGAAGCAGAUGACACGUACCUACAGUCUGAUUGGUCAGACAGACAGGCUCUAAAGAGACAGUUUCAGGGACUCACAAAUAUCAAAUGGGGCCCAAGAUAGAUGGACAGAGAAAAUCAAAUCUGAAUGUACAGUUAUACAGAAUUUUGGCAUAUUCUGAAACUGUAUACAUUUUCUUGUAAUGUCUUCUGUGCCCAUAUAUAUUCACUGUCAAAUUUGAUGUGAUUUUUAGAUUCAGCAGCUUCCUCAAAACCAACUUCUACUGCUGUGUUUUAGUGCCUUGCUCUAAUGAAUAACAUUUUUCAUCAAUUAUAAAAGGAAUUUUUGUGACUAUGUAUAUGUGUGUUAGUUUUGCAAAGUGUGUCAACUCUGAUGCAUUGGAAGAAGGAUGCGACACCUUUCCUCUCUUUGUCUUUGCCUCUGGCAGUAACUCCAUUGAAACUUGAUAUUGUUUAAAGACAGGAUGUUGCACUACAGCUCUGAGAAUCACAGUGGCAUCAAAGAGUUCAUUUAAAGAGCAUUAAGAAAGAGGAGUCCCAGAAUGUUUUGCUGCCCUCAAGGCUGAGAGAGGUUACAGUAUCGAGAGGUGUGGUUUCUAAUGGGAAGAGGAAAACUGAAGAGAUAUUGUGUAAUAAAAGAACAUUACAUAUGUUUAUUUUUAAAAUGGUUUAAUGUAUGAACUUAUGAUUGUACAUUUCAACUUAAAGGUGCACUAAGGUCCUCUGGUUAACAAUAAAUGUAAUCUUCUUUCUUUGCAUUUACUUUCAAUAUUACAUACAGUACAAUUGUAUUCAAAUCAAUCAUUUAUAAAACAUUUUUUUACAUUGUUUACUUUCUGUACAGUGUAACAGCUAUUUUUAGCUGAAUUGAAUAAAUCCUUGCCUUUAAAAUCAGGUACUAAAUGCAUUUGGUAUGGCUGCCCCUGUGCUAUGAUGCCAUACUUUAAAUCUUUAGAAGGCAGAUUGUUUUGGUAACAGU